UGUGAGCAUAGUUUAACCGUUUAGGACAGAGAGCACAUCCGCAUCCACUGAAUUAAAGUCGAGGCGACCGUUGUCUCUGCACGUCCUAGACCAAGAUUGCGCGUCGGACCUUACAGCGCGUCGGCUUUGUCUGGUGCCUGGUGGUCUCGUAUGUCCAGGUUUGUCUUUCCCAAAUCGCAGUCCUUAGACCGAGACAGUCGACCAAGAAAAUCCCCAGCAAGACGGCGUGGCCGGGGGAUGCUGGGGGGCAGAUGAUCUGACGGCGAGUCGAAGGAACCUGUGUCACCAUGGGGUGUGCUCACUGUAAGCAGAAGAAGUCCAAAUCAGCGGAGAUCUCCACACAGUCUGCCUGCGAUGCAGCGAUAUCACUGCCCUCCGCCGUGCCUCGCUAUGCCCCAGAGCCCACCCAGGCACCAGUGGGAGGUCUCAUCCCCGACUUCAACAACUACCCCAGCUCCACCAGUUCCGCCCAGCCCUUCGGCUCCUCCGCCUGCUUCCCCUCCAGCACUGCAGUCACAAGAGGAGGUGGCAUCACAGGUGGAGGCGUGACGCUCUUCGUUGCCUUGUAUGAUUAUGAGGCUCGCACCGAGGAUGACCUCUCCUUCCAGAAGGGCGAGAAAUUUCACAUCAUCAACAACACGGAAGGUGACUGGUGGGAAGCUCGCUCUCUUGACACUGGGAAUUCCGGCUACAUCCCCAGCAACUAUGUAGCCCCAGUUGACUCCAUACAGGCAGAGGAGUGGUAUUUUGGGAAGAUGGGGCGGAAGGAUGCAGAGCGGCAACUGCUGGCACAAGGGAAUCCACGCGGGACGUUCCUCAUCCGUGAGAGCGAGACCACCAAGGGUGCAUACUCUCUGUCUAUCCGGGACUGGGAUGAUGGAAAAGGAGAUCAUGUUAAGCAUUAUAAGAUACGCAAGCUGGACAAUGGUGGUUACUACAUCACCACCCGCACACAGUUCGACACUGUGCCCCAGCUGGUGGAGCACUACACUGAGCGUGCUGCAGGCUUGUGCUGUCGAUUGAUUGGCAGCUGUCGUCGGGGAAUGCCCAAGCUGGCGGACCUGUCCGUCAAGACAAAGGACGUGUGGGAGAUUCCGCGAGAGUCUCUCCAGCUCAUUAAGAAGCUGGGGAAUGGGCAGUUUGGGGAAGUGUGGAUGGGAAUGUGGAACGGCACCACAAAGGUGGCGGUGAAGACACUGAAGCCUGGGACGAUGUCUCCAGAGGCCUUCCUGGAGGAAGCUCAGAUUAUGAAGCGCCUUCGUCACGAUAAGCUGGUGCAGCUGUACGCCGUGGUGUCAGAGGAGCCCAUCUACAUCAUCACUGAGUUCAUGAGCCAGGGAAGCUUGCUGGACUUCCUGAAGGAUGGAGAAGGCAGGGCUCUGAAGCUUCCACAGCUAGUGGACAUGGCUGCACAGAUUGCAGCCGGAAUGGCCUACAUAGAAAGGAUGAAUUAUAUCCAUCGGGACCUGCGUGCCGCCAACAUCCUGGUGGGGGACAACCUGGUGUGCAAAAUCGCAGACUUCGGUCUAGCACGACUCAUUGAGGACAACGAGUACACCGCACGACAAGGGGCAAAGUUUCCCAUCAAGUGGACAGCACCUGAGGCGGCACUGUUUGGCAGAUUCACCAUCAAGUCUGACGUCUGGUCCUUCGGCAUCCUCCUCACAGAGCUGAUCACCAAAGGGCGUGUGCCCUACCCAGGGAUGAAUAAUCGGGAGGUGCUGGAGCAGGUGGAGCGGGGGUACCGCAUGCCGUGUCCUGUGGGCUGCCCCGCCUCUCUGCAUGACCUGAUGGUGCAGUGCUGGAGGAAGGAGGCGGAUGAGCGGCACACCUUCGAAUACCUGCAGAGCUUCCUGGAGGACUACUUCACUGCCACCGAGCCCCAGUACCAGCCCGGGGAAAACCUGUGAGGAGGCGCGUGGGGGGGAGGUCGUGUCCCCCCAAACAACAACCUCCGAACUCCCCCCUCAACUCCAAACACCCCCCUCACCUCUGAACUCCCCCCUUGCACAAAAUGCAAUGAAGAGUGCCUUGUGCUCCUAGCAGUUUGGUUCUUUACUCUCAGCCUCAGCCACUGUGAUCUUUCUCUUUCUGCUGCUCCUCAGCUCCCUCCCCCUCUCUCUUUCCUCCUCCUCCCCUCCCCCCAUACCUGCCUUUCCCCUCCGUUCCUCUUUCCUUCUUUUUAUUUCUUCUCACCCAAAACUUUUCUUUAUUUUUCCUGUUUCCCUCUUUCUCUGCCCAAUCCUGCUUGCCCUGUCCCACCAUAAAUCUUUCUCUCUGUCUCUCUCUCUCUCUCUCUCUCUCUCUCUCUCUCUCUCUCUCUCUCUCUGUCUCUCUCUCCCCUCCCUUCCCCCUCCCUCCCUCCCACUCCUGUUUCCUGUUGCCGUAGAGACCUCGAGUCUUGAACAGGCAGCCUCUCUCUUUCUCUCUGCUCCUAUCCAUGGGCACAGAACAAUGGCUACCGAGCCUUCAGAUUUAUUCUUUCUUUUGUUUUCGAUGGACAGACAUUUUCUGGACUCUGUUACUCUGGACUCUGUUGCUGCUCUGAGCUCUGUUGCUCAGGCCUGGCCAGGAAAGAGUGUGGAUGUGAUCUGCAGAGACUGCAGUCAGAGAACUUUCGAGCCUUUCAUGAUAUGUGUCACUUUAUUUCUGCUCUCCUUUAGGUUUUUUUUACUUAAUGUUGGAACUUUCAUGAAUAAGGGUUGGGGGGAGAGGGGGGGGGCAGUCAUACCAUGCUAUAUUUCAAUAGAGGGCUCUUUAUCUGAUCUUUAUCUGUGAUUAAUGUUUAUUUGCUAUUGUAUAAGUGUGAUUAUUAUUUAAUACAUGCUCUUACUGUAGUCUUAUUUGUCCUGCGGCAUUUGUGCUUUAUAACCUCCCAGAAUAGAGAGUCACUGGGGUCAGUGAGCAGGCAAGCUGUAACAGUGCCACAGUGCCUUGCUGUGCCCAGUGCUAUGUGGAUAAACCCAGCUAGCGCAGCAUGUUACUCCAACAGUGCGUAUGGCUGUAACAUUUUCCUUUCUUUUUACCCAAAAACCACAUUGCGCUGUUUUAAAAAAAAUGCAUUUUAAGGACAUUUACAACCUGACAGAACCGCAAGAACUGAAUGACGUACAACUUUGAAUGGCCUAAAAAAAGAUGGAUUUCGCUGACUUGGAACCAUUUCUAACCCUGAAAAGCAUCAUAACUCUGCCUUGUGAUUAUAUGAUGAAGGUGAUUAUCUGAUUUAAUUUGAAGUGUUUGUUUUUUUUUUAAUGCUAAUUGCUGUUAUUUUGUUUCUCCCUGUGGAAGUGAGGCCUUGUGGUCUUGUGGCUCUCAGGUGUACAUUAUGUAAAAGGUUUUUCCAGAGAAA